AUGGCGGUUAUCGAUCGAGAUGGUAAAAUUUUGUGCCCUUGUCGAAAGUGUGUGAAUGAUGUUCGUCAUAAUUUUCAAAUUGUUCAAAUUCAUUUGCUGCAACAUGGGAUUCUUUCAACUUACACUAUUUGGUACGUGCAUGGGGAACCCCGUGAAUCAAAUGAGGCUCAUCAUCAUGAUAUACCCGUUAAGGGCAAUGAGGUUUUGGGAGGUAUUGAUGCCUUAAUGGAAGAUCGAAUAAGAGGGGAAUCAACUAAUACAACCCAGAAGGAGGAGGUUUGCACUUUUGAUAAAUUAUUGAAUGAUGCCAAACGUGAGGUGUACCCAUGUUGCACAAAUUACACUUUGUUACAGUUUGUCAUCGAGAUACUUAAUAUGAAGGUAACAAACCAUUGGAGUAAUAAGUUAGUUGACAUGAUGCUAGAGUUUUUAACUAAACUUUUACCGAAGGAUAAUUUGGUUCCAAAGUCAACUUAUGAAGCUAAAAAAAUAUUACAUGAAUUGGGUUUGUCAUACGAGCUCAUUGAUGCUUGUGUAAAUGACUGUGUGCUCUUUUCGAAGGCGAAUGCAACAUUGGAUAAAUGUCCAAAUUGUAAUGCUUCUAGAUACAAGACAAAUCAUGGUAGAGGUAAGAAGAUCUCUCGUAAGGUCCUUCGAUACUUCCCGUUAACACCGAGAUUGAAAAGGUUGUACAUGUCGAGAAAGAGAGCCGAGGAUAUGAAAUGGUUCAAUGAAAAACGUCUAGAUGACGGUGUAUUGAGGCAUCCUGCAGAUAGUGAUGAGUGGAAGGAAUUCGAUUCACAACAUCCUGAAUUCGCCUUGGAGCUUCGAAAUGUGAGGCUAAGGUUGGCUACUGAUGGGUUCAACCCUUUCGGAAAUAUGAAUAACUCAUAUAGUUUGUGGCCUGUCGUACUCAUUCCAUACAACUUGCCACCAUGGUUGGCUAUGAAGGACCCAUUUUUCAUGCUGUCAUUACUUAUUCUUAGUGAAUCACAACCAGGAAUUGAUAUUGAUGUCUACAUGAGACCUUUAGUGGAUGAAUUGAAUGAAUUAUGGAAAAAUGGUACAUUAACCUAUGAUGCCUCGACUGGUGAGACUUUCUGCAUGCGUGCAGCUUUGUUGUGGAUGAUACAUGAUUGGCCCGCAUUUGGUGACAUGUCUGGAUGGAGAACAAAGGGUCAUUACUCUUGUUACACUUGCAAUGAUGAACCAUAUUUUGAAUCUUUAAGAAAUAAGACUGCGUACAGUAACCAUCGGUGCUACUUGCCUGAUGACCACCCAGAAAGGCGAAAGAGUAGAGCAUAUAAUGGCAAGCAUGAAAAACGGAAGAGAUCUUUGGUGAUACCGAUAGAAAAGAUUGAAGAACAAUUGGGCAGCGUGACGGGUGUCACAUAUGGAAAACAUUGA